AUGGGAGGUCUCGGGGUGAGUGGGAAUGUUAAGGAGGCUAGUGUGGUUUAUGACAGGGAAAGUGGGAGGUCUCGGGGUUUCGGUUUCGUGACGUAUAGUUCGUCAGCCGAGGUCAACAAGGCCAUUGAAUCGUUCGAUGGGAUGGAAUUUAAUGGAAGAUCUAUUCGAGUUAGCCGUGCUGAGUCUCGCCCGAGGCGCGACUUUAGAUUCCGAGUUAGGAAACGGGGACUCGUUUUCUUGGAAAUUCACUCGAUUCUAGACGAAGCUCAAUUUCUCUCGGUCGAGCAAGUGCUGAAAUCUCUUGUGGAAGGCAACGCGAUCGGUAAGGAGUGCUCGGGAGUAGUCUAUCGCAUGGAGCUCGAAAACGGCGAAGUGAUCCAUGUGAAAAAGCUCUGGUCGACACGAUGCGUGCCGGUUUUAACAACAACGACAGCCGGUUCGAUGCAGGUGGGGUCCGUGACUCAUUCUCGAAGGAGGCAAAGACACUCGGGUCCAUCUGGGAAUAUCGUCAAGUUUUUGGGCUGCUGCUCAAACCGCAACACAAGGCUGCUUAUGUACGUUUACAUGCCAAACGAAAGCCUCUGGAGCCUGCUUCACGAGCACAGACGAGGCUGCCUGGAGUGUAACGUGAUGCUGCUUAUGUACGAUUAA